AAGAGGACAAACCACUCGCGUCGUCAUCAUCACCGUUCGCCUCAUUUUGUAUUCCGUCUCUCGUCCCCACUUCUCUCAAAAGAAUCUCCAACUCACACUCGUGAGCUGCACUGUAAUUACCGUAGCCCUUCGCUUUCCAUGGCUUUAAUGGGUUCCAUGUCUCGGCAGUCACUCGCCGUAGCCCCUCCGUUGCUGGUGUGUCUCCUAUGUGACAUCCCGCACUGAUCGCUUAACUAACCCCACGCCUCCAGAAUAUUUAACGCUCGUGUCAGUGAUGGAAAGAGAAAGGGGACGGGUGAGCUCCUGGGGGGGCGGGGAGAGAAGGGAAGCCGCCGGAAUGCUGCUGCCAUGUGCAGUUCGUCGCCCCCUUCUCCGGUGCAUCAUUCUAUCAGCCGUCUCCCUGUGGAUUCCAGCUGCUGCUCGGAACAAGGAACCAUAUGCCAUGCGCAUUAGCUGCGGAGCUCGAGACGACAUUAGUACUAAGCCUACCAAUACCUUAUGGUAUAGAGAUUUCGGUUAUACUGGUGGAAAGUUUGCAAAUGCAACAGUCCCUAGUUUCAUCGAGCCUCCACUGAAAACACUUCGCUACUUCCCCUUGUCUGAUGGGCUGCAGAAUUGUUAUAAAAUCAACAAUGUUCCUCGAGGACACUAUCAAGUAAGGCUGUUUUUUGCGCUAAUUGCAGACCCCAGUUUUGACAGUGAGCCUACUUUCGAUAUCUCCAUCGAUGGAACCCAAAUAUAUUCUUUGAAGUCUGGUUGGAGCAACAUUGAUGAGCAGUCGUUUGUUGAGGCAUUUGUAUUUGUUACUGAUAGCUCUUUCACCACUUGUUUCCAUAGCACUGGUCAUGGCGAUCCAUCCAUCCUUUCAAUUGAAAUCCUUCAAAUUGAUGACAAUGCAUAUUAUUUUGGACCACUCUGGGGUAAAGGAACAGUGCUUAGGACAGCCAAAAGAAUGACAUGCGGUUCUGGAAAGUCGGCGUUUGAUGAAGAUUAUGGUGGCAACCACUGGGGUGGGGACAGAUUCUGGUUAGGUGUUUCAUCUUUUCCGGACUCUGGUCAACCCACAUCAACUGAACAUAAUAUUAGCCAGACAUCGAUAUCGCCAAACUUCUACCCGGAGAAUCUUUAUCAGUCAGCAAUUGUUGGCGAUGACGACCAGCCUGAUUUAUCAUUCCAAAUGGAGGUGGAUCCAAACAAAAAAUAUUCUGUGUGGUUUCAUCUUUCUGAAAUUGAUUCCAAAAUAACUGGUGAAGGCCAAAGAGUUUUCGACAUAUUGCUAAAUGGUGAUAUUGCAUUUGAAAAUGUUGACAUUAUUCGAAAGACAGGAGGAAGUUAUGCAGCCCUUGUGCUGAAUUCUACUAUUGAGGCAAGUGGGAGGACCCUAACAAUUACUUUUCGAACUAAACCUGGAAGUCAUGCGAUCAUAAACGCAAUUGAGGUAUUUGAGGUUAUUGUAGCAGAGUCCAGAACUUUAGCAAAGGAAGUGAAAGCUUUGCAAAAUUUGAAGACCUCACUGGGACUUCCACGUCGUUUUGGUUGGAAUGGUGAUCCAUGUGUUCCUCAACAACAUCCUUGGAGUGGAGUUGAUUGCCACUUUGACCGCAAAAUUGUCAAAUGGGUUAUAGAUGGACUAGGUCUAGACAACCAGGGUUUAAAAGGUUUCUUGCCAAAUGACAUUGCUAAGCUGCAGCACUUGCAAAGCAUAAACUUUAGUGAUAACAGCCUAUAUGGGGGCAUUCCAUCCUCUCUUGGCACAAUUGCUGGAUUGCAAAUUUUGGACCUCUCCUACAACCAACUCAAUGGAUCAAUUCCUCAGAGCCUUGGCCGGUUGAUGAAAUUGCAAAUACUGAAUCUUAAUGGAAAUCUAUUAUCUGGAAGAGUUCCAGCAAACCUUGGAGGACGGCCACUUCACAGGGCUAGCUUCAAUUUUACAGGUAAUGCAGGUCUAUGCGGAAUUCCUGGAUUACCUACAUGUGGUCCCCAUCUCUCGGUUGCCGUGAAGAUUGGCAUUGCUUUUGGUGCCCUGUUUGCAUUGCUGCUAGUGGUCCUCUGUGUGCUGAUCUGGUGGAAAAGACGGGAGAACAUCCUUCGUGCCCGGAAGAUUGCAGCUGCGAGGGAAGCUCCAUAUGCCAAAGCCCGGACACAGUUUGGGCGUGAUGUUCAAAUGACGAAGCACUAUCGGCCACAUGAAGCUCGCAACAACGCCGAGAGUGGUUCCAACUUACUCUCCUGAAUCCUCAGGAUUGUGUCAUGUGCCAGUUCUUUGAACAUGUUAUUCUUUGUAUUACUUUUUCUCCCUUUUGGUUGGUUUGAUUAGGUUAAAGGUGUCAAUGUGAUGAUUAUGCUACUGCUACCUGUUUCCUUUCCCUCUCCUUAAGGAAUAGGAGGUUGUUGUCAUUGUCGUCGUUCUCGUAGUAGCCUGCUUCAGGUUUUGUUGUAGAAAUUAUAGAGAAAGAAUGUUGGUCAAGCAGAUUGUGAAUAACAAGUUUCAUCCUUCUUAUUUUGGUGGCUUGUGGUUCCACAAGAAGGCUAUUUUGUUUA